AUGUUGCUCUUGGUGGCGCUUUUAGCAGUUUCGAACGAGGCUACAAAGCGAGUCAAUCGGCAGGUCGCUGCCUGCAUGUUGCCUCGAGAGACUGGACCGUGCAGAGCCGCAUUUCCUCGCUUCUACUUCGAUCUGAAGAGUGGCGAAUGCAAGCGAUUUAUCUACGGAGGUUGUAACGGAAAUGAUAACAACUUCACUGAUGAGGCUGAGUGCAAAAAGGCUUGUGUCAAAAAA